AUCAUUCAAUCAUGUAUUAAGAUCAAAGAUUAUGUAACUUGCUCGUUUUGGGGUGACAAUAAAAAUUCAUAAAACAAUAAAAUGGAAAAUUAAUUGACUUUGUUUCUAAGAACCAAAGAUGGACUAUACAUGUAUAUAUAUCUCUCUUGUUAGUUUCCACUCAAGGAACCCAAAAAGCCAAAGAGAAGUAGAAUCAUUUGGGUUUCUCUUUUCUCUUGUUCUUUCUCUCUUUGCUGUGUUCAUAGCUUUUGAAGAAUGUCUAAGAAAAAAUCCAGCUUAGGUCGCCAAAAGAUACCUAUUGAGAAAAUUCCAAAAAAGAGUCACUUACAAGUUACAUUCUCUAAGAGGCGGUCAGGGCUAUUCAAGAAAGCAAGUGAACUUUGCACACUUUGUGGGGUCGAGAUAACGAUCGUGGUUUUCUCUCCGGCCGAUAAGGCCUUCUCCUUUGGCCAUCCGGAGGUAGAGUCUAUCAUCGAUCGUUAUCUCGUCCUGAACCCGCCUCACGAGUCUAUAUCGAGUACUCAACAACUGGUUGAGGCGCAUAGAAACGCUAAUGUCCGUGAUCUCAAUAUGCAACUUACACAACUGCUUAACCAUUUGGAGAUGGAGAAGAAGCGUGGGGAGGAGCUUGAUCAUGUGAGGAAAGCGAGGCAGAGGCAGUUUUGGUGGGAAAGCUCUACUGAUGAUCUUGGUUUUCAUGAAUUGAUCCAACUAAAGGCAUCAAUUGAGGAGCUCAAGAAGAACUUGGCAAAACAUGUUAGCAAAAUCAUCAUGAUGGACCAAACCAACAUGGAUUCACGAAUUAUUGGGGUUAAUAGUAAUAAUGGAUUACUUAAUCGUUAUGAUCAUGCAUUUGAUAGCAACAAAUCUGAUGCUGCUGCCUUCAAUGUUGCUCCUACACUGCCUCCUCCUAAUAACAAUGCCUAUUACAUGGGUUUUCGUCAUGGUUAUCUUUGAAAAUUCUGUUUCCAAAAAUGAGUAUAUAGGAAGAAUCAUGAUCUUGCAUUUCAUUGUUUUAUUAUUAUUUGUUUGGUUUAGUUUGGGAUCCGAAGAAGUGAAUCAUCAACUGGUACCUCACUGGUUGUUUGUUUAAGAUUCCUAUAAAUUGCUUUCUUAUUUGAAAUAAAAGAUGUAUAUAUGUUCAUUGUGGUUGAAAUUAUUAAAUAAUUUGUCCUUUGAUGUCAUGGACUACUUUGUCCCCAAGAAUAAAUUUCAC